AUUGCAUAAAUCACGCUUCUUUACAAAGAAAAUUCAAAUUCCAAAAUCAAUUGCACAUGAAAUGAAACCAAAGGACACAUUUCAAAGCAAACUGCUUUAGUCCAACUCAUACUGCCUUUUCCUAUUCCUUUUGCUCCUAAAAAAACUCUGUUUAGGAGGGAAGGGGCAAUGAAGGAGAAAAAGCAGCCGCAACCACACUAUGGCGGAGUUACGCGUCGGUACUGCUGCCUUCUCUUCGCCGCAUUCGCCACUCUGCUCCCCGGAAUCCGUGCUUUUGAUUACGCCGAUGCACUUUCAAAGAGCCUCCUCUACUUUGAAGCGCAGCGCUCUGGCCGGUUACCAUAUAACCAGCGCAUCACCUGGCGCGACCAUUCCGGUCUUACCGACGGCCUAGAACAAGGGGUGGACUUAGUAGGAGGCUACUAUGAUGCCGGCGAUCAUGUGAAAUUUGGGCUGCCGAUGGCCUUUACGGUGACAAUGCUGUCGUGGGGAGUCAUCGAAUUUGGCGAUCAGAUCGCCGAUGCCGGAGAGUUGGAGCAUGCAUUUGAGGCCAUCAAAUGGGGCACGGAUUAUUUCAUCAAGGCACACACCAGCGCAAAUGUACUAUGGGCGGAGGUAGGCGACGGAGACACCGACCACUACUGCUGGCAACGACCAGAGGAUAUGACCACGUCACGGCAAGCCUACAAGAUUGACGAGCACAACCCUGGGUCGGAUCUUGCCGGAGAGACCGCGGCAGCCAUGGCGGCGGCGUCCAUUGUGUUCAGGCAGACAAACCCACAUUACUCCCACCUUCUCUUGCACCAUGCUCAACAGCUGUUUGAAUUUGGGGAUAGAUACAGAGGGAAAUAUGACGGAAGCGUGGCGGUGGUGAAGAGCUACUAUGCGUCGGUGAGUGGGUACAAGGAUGAGUUGUUAUGGGCAGCCCUGUGGCUGUACAAAGCCACCGACAAUGAGAAUUACUUGAACUACGUUAUUAAAAAUGCUAAUGAAUUUGGUGGGAUUGGCUGGGCCAUAACGGAGUUCAGUUGGGACGUUAAGUAUGCCGGCCUCCAGAUUUUGGCUUCCAAGUUAUUGGUGGAAGAUAAUCACCAAAGGCAUCAUCUUAUGCUAGAGCGGUACCAAUCAAAAGCUGAGCACUAUGUAUGCUCGUGUCUUAACAAAAAUAAUGGCAGUAGCAACAAUGUAGAACGUACCCCGGGAGGUCUUUUAUACGUCAGACAAUGGAAUAACAUGCAGUACGUAUCCACAGCGGCCUUCCUUUUAACAAUAUACUCCGAUUAUCUUAAAGAGUCAAAUCAGAGUCUUCAUUGUCCAGCUGGAGCAUCUGAUCAUGAAGAGAUCUUUAAUUUUGCAAAAUCUCAAGUGGAUUACAUAUUAGGGUCUAAUCCCAUGAACAUCAGUUACUUAGUGGGAUAUGGGGCUAAAUACCCCACUAGGGUGCACCAUAGGGGGGCAUCCAUUGUGUCCUACAAAGAUAAUAAGGGGUUCAUUGGGUGCACUCAAGGGUAUGAUAACUGGUAUGGACGACUGGAACCUAACCCUAAUGUUCUAGUUGGUGCAUUGGUUGGAGGGCCCAAUUAUGAGGACAAUUUUAGUGACCAUAGAGGAAAUUACAUGCAGACCGAGGCCUGCACAUACAAUACAGCACCGUUGGUUGGAGUUUUUGCCAAAAUGUUAGAGCUUGAGGACCAAAAAUCUAUUGAGGAUUUUGUCGCCUCUUAUUAAAAACAAAAUAUCAAAUGGAAGAAGUUAUUUGAGGAAAUUACACAUUACCAUAUGUGGAUUAGGGCAAGUGUGAAAUGUGCAAAUAAAUCUUCUAAGAUCAUUUAUGUGCACAUUUUAAAAUUUUCAGAAAUUAUAUUCAACUACCUUAAGCCAAUUUUUUACAUAGAUAUGGUGUAAUUUGCCAAGGUUUUGUUUUUAUAG